AUGCCUGGUCCUGAUCAUGGAAUAAAUCCUGAAAACGAGAUAAAGGAUGGAAAGCUUGGCGAAGGACACUAUAAUGGAGUUCAAAGGAUAGGUGAAGGAACUUAUGGAUGUGUAUAUAAGGCUAAGGAUACGAAAACAAAUACAUAUUACGCCUUGAAGCAGAUGAAGUUGAAUGCGUAAGUGUGCUAUUAAUUUUUCAUAGUUCUGUUUAGGGAUGAAGAAGGAGUUCCGAGUGUUUGUAUCAGAGAGAUCAGUAUAUUAAAGACAUUAAAUCAUGCCAAUGUGGUCAAACUAUAUGAUGUUGUACUCAGACGUAUGUUGUUUUUUCUUUUUAUGUCGUGAAACAAGAAUUAAAAUCGUUGAGGUGUAUUAUUCUUUGUAGAUGGCAAGGACAUCAUCCUCGUAUUCGAAUACUUGAAUGGAGAUCUCUCUGAGCUCUUAAAAAGGAAUAGAGGAGUGCCAUUACAUCCACAUUUGACAAGAGUAAGGGGUUUUUACUCGUUUUAUCAUUUUUUUUACAAUGUAUACUAAUAACUCUUUUAGUUUAUGAAUACCAAUAUUAUGGUUUUUUAGAGUUUUAUGCGACAACUUCUUACAGCUCUGAAUUACUGUCAUUCAAGGAGAGUUAUUCAUAGAGAUCUGAAGCCAGCUAACAUCUUGGUAAUGAAGAAUGGAGUUGUCAAACUCGCAGACUUUGGUUUGGCACGGUAAGUUGUUGGUUUUUUGUAUUAUUCAUGACACAUUUUACACUUUUAUUAUUAUUUUUUUUUGGUUUCAUUUAUACUUUACACUUUUUAUAUAACAAAGUUAAAGGUACAUUUUUGAAGAUAAUAUUAUCAUACACAGAUUACUGGGAUUUCAGGACUGUUUCAAUACCUAGUCGAUGUUAUACUCAUGAAGUGGUAACGAUGUGGUAUCGCCCGCCUGAGUUGUUUUUGGGGGCAAAAUUCUACAGCUCGGCGUUGGAUAUCUGGAGUCUUGGAUGUAUAUUCGCUGAAAUGUGUAGAGGGAAAGCUCUGUUCGAUGGCCUUUCAGAGAUCCAGAUGUUGUUCAAGAUAUUUGAAAAGUUGGGGACACCGACGCCUGAGGUAAUCAUGUUUUCUAUUAGCUUUUUAACAUCAAGCCUUUUGACCUUUUUUAAUACCUAAAAACUAAAAUUUAUUAUUUUUAAAAGUGUUUAGGUAGUAGGUCAGGAUUCUGGUCAAUACAUGAUCAUUAAAGGUAGAAAAAUAUCAUAUCAAUAAUUUGUCUUUACAAUCGCAUUUCUUUAUUAAAUUUGUAAUAGAAAAAUACAUUUCCAAAACAGGUAUUGUGUUGUGAUGUGAUUAAUGAUACGUGUAAAAGAAAUGUUGUUUUAGAUAUGGCCCGGAAUCGACAAGCUUCGAGACUACAAUCCACAGUUCCCAAAGUUUAAGAAAAAGUUGUUUAACCAGUUCCUUCCAGGACUAGACCCAUUUGCUGUUGAUCUCCUUGAAGUAAGUGUUUUUAAAUUUUAACAGAAGCAUUUAUGUGCAAAAUUGUGCUUCUAAAAUUAAGAAAACGGUAAAUCUGAUCGUUUUUUGCACUGUGAACAACGGUCAACAUACUGAGCAUAUGCUGGUCAAUUUUUUCUGGAUGUUGAAAUGACCUUUAAGCGUUCUAGUAUCUUUUUCGAUCCACCACAGCCUGAGUGUUAUCAUUUCCAAAAAUGUUUACAUUAUGUUUUGCAGCAAAUGCUAGUAUACCAUCCUCCUGCCCGAAUAACGGCCAGCUCUUCUCUCUGCCACGCCUAUCUGACCGACGUGACUGAGCCGUUCCCUGCAAUAGAGCAAUAUUAUAACUAA